UUGGCAUUCGGUUUGUGCGGCAUUAAUGCACGAUUGGGACAACGUUGUGACUUUGAGGUAAUACGUCAAACAAACAAAUUGAGUAUGACAAAACUACUACUAGGGACGGUGAAGGAUGAUGAUGAUGAAGCCAAAGAUAAGAAAGAAAAACUAGAAAUCGAAAAAAUUAUGAAGUCAACUGAAAUACAAGUAGUUGUAGCUACCCUAAUAAUGACAGUCUCGUUCACAGCUGGUUUUACAUUGCCAGGAGGUUUAGACGACAACGAUGACAGUCCUAAUAAAGGGAUGGCGACUCUAAUAAAGAAAACAGCAUUCCGUGCAUUUGCUAUUUCGGAUGUCCUGGCAUUUACAUUCUCAGCUAGUGCUAUAUGCAGCUACUUUACCAUGGCAAAUAGAUAUCGAGGCUACAAUGAAGAUACUAACGUUCGAGUUUUGAGGAUGAAGUAUCGUAUAGCAAAUGUUUUGCAACUUUUGGCAUUGUAUGCAGCUGUAGUUGCAUUUGCAACUGGUAUGUAUGCUACUUUAGAAAAUUCACAUGCUCUUGCUGUUACUGUUUGUGUCAUUUCUUCCACUUUUUUUCUUAUCUUCUAUUGGACUAGUAUUCGUAGAAAAAACUAAUUAAUUGGAUCACAUGUAAUUCAUAUAUAUAUAUAUAUAUAUAUGCUACUACUAUUAAU